UAACGUCCAUUCUGUUCAUACGGCAACGAUUAUUACUGACCUAUAUUAUUACGAGGUGAAAACGAGGGCAAUAUAGCCUUACUAAAGGAUUAAGUAGACAUUUGAAACCCAACGAAUGAUAUUAUGAGUCUAUGACUUGACCCGUACUGAAGUUUAGUGUGUAUGAAUCAGUUUUGAUAAGGCUAGCAGCCCGCGUCCCGGUCAGUCCGCGCUUUGACCUUUCGCUGUAGGGUCGCCACUUGUGUCUAGUGCUGUGUUGCGAAUCCUUAUCUUGAGCUAGAUAGCAACGUGAAUAUGGAGUUACCUUUAGCGGAACGGUUGUUCCAGAAUUUAGUUCAUCUCGCAGGUGGAGGCAGUGUAAGCGGUGUUGGCAGCGUCGGCACUGUGGGCGGCGUGGGAAGCGUCGGCGGUGGACUUUAUGGACAAAACAUGGUGAUGGGCGGCUGGUGUGCGCCCUACGACGCGCUUCAAAGACCACCGGCUUACGAUGGUGCGGAGGCGUACGAGGAGGGCCGCGAGUGUGUCAACUGCGGCGCCAACAACACACCAUUGUGGAGACGCGACGCUACCGGACAUUACUUGUGCAACGCCUGCGGUCUCUACCACAAGAUCAACGGCGUCAACCGGCCGCUGGUGAAGCCGAGCAAGCGGCUGUCUGCUGCGCGACGUCACGGGCAGUGCUGUACUAACUGCGGGUCUCGCAAUACUACAUUGUGGCGGCGAAAUAAUGAUGGUGAACCUGUCUGUAACGCUUGCGGCCUUUACUAUAAGCUGCAUGGAAUAAAUCGACCACUAGCAAUGAGGAAAGACGGUAUUCAGACGCGAAAGAGGAAGCCGAAAAAAUCAGCGAGUGGAACGAAACCUGCUCACGAGGCACCCAAAAAGGACGGGCAGGGUUCACCAGGCAUUGAUGACAGUAAAUCAAGUAUAUCAGAAGUGCCACUGCCGCUGACGGCCUCACUAUCCCCACAUACGCACGGGCACACUAGCAAGCAGGCAAGCGGCGAGCAGAGCGGGCAAAGUGGGCAAGGUGUACAGGGUGUUCAGGGCGGGCAAUACGGGCUUGCUAGCACAGCGUUCUUGUCUUCACCGUCCUUGUUCAAUAUCAAAAGCGAGCCGGCUGCGGCAUAUGACCCGCCAGGUUAUCCGCCCACGGGGAACCCACCACACCACUACCACUCCCACCACCAUUAUCUACACGCGCUGCAGUACGGCUUGUCCAACGGUGAAGAGGAGGAAGGCAGUGGAUUUCUUCACCAGCGCAAUGUCACCGCACACGCCAAACUUAUGGCCUCAACGUAGCCACGCGUAUAUAGAUAACAGACGUCCAUCAAGACAGAUAAAGACAUCCUUUUCUGAUGAACAGACGGAGAAAUAGGAUACACAAUUAUGUUUUAUCUCCUAUGUACAUUAUUAUAUUCAGGAACGGAGUGGGCAACACUGUAAAUAAAUAUCCGUUCGUAAUGUACAAAAAUUAAGCUGUAGCUUUUGUACUAAAAUUAUAGACUUAAUAUGUAAGUAGUUCAUUUGAGUAGGAAGGUCCCAAGUCUGAGGGUAAACACGAGGUCACAAAAGGUUUACUUUAUCGUUUGAAGUUUUUACAAAUUUACAAAGCAUAUAAUUCAUUAGUAACACUAACAGAACACAGAGUACCUAAUGAUCACCCUAGUUCCGGGAAAUAAGAUCGCCACUCUUUAGUUGAAGUCGUUCGUCGAAGGAUUUCAAUUGUGAAGGUACACGUGCGAACGCGAUAUCUUUCCAUGUCAAAACUACUGUUGAUACAGAUUAGAUAUUUAUGUGAGCUGUUUUAAAUUCAGAGACAUCAAUCUCUAUACGCAACUGAACAAGUGCUUGUAAAUGUAUAAAAUAGUUAAUCACUAAAUGGAACUGUAUGAUAUUAUGUGACCAUUUCGACUGAUAAUUGUCGAUGUUUUUAUUUGUAAAUUGAUUAAGAAUCUUAAGUAGCAUGCUGAUAUUUUAAGUAUUUCUUGUAUGUAUAAUGACUAUGAUGUUCAAUACUUAUAAAAAGAGGUUUUAAGAAUGUUUUUAAAGUUCCUUUAACUUUUUUGUAACAAUAAGUUCAAAACCUAAAUAACGCCAUCUAAAAAAAAACUAGAAUAACGCCAUCGACGUAAUUCAGACUGCAAACAACAGAUGGCGCCUAUAUUAAUAAGAUUUAGGUUUUUUAUUGUUACAAGAUCACUAGUCUUAGAUUUUUGAAUGUGAAAUCUUUUACUUACUAAUUUUACAGUUAGUAUGUAUCAAUUAUUUAUUUCAUGUAAUAACGUGAUUGGACAAUACAAGACGUCCUAAAAAUCUUCCAAUUCUUAGUGGCACAAUUUAAGAUUAGUCAUAUUUAUAGUUAAACAGUGGCAUUUAUAAGCUGUAUAUAGCAGACAAGAUUGUUUUAUUUCGCUUAUUUUAAGAAACGAUAUCUGUUGGUGACUGAUAAUAUCCAAAAGAUAAACCUUAAGUUCAAGGGGUCACUUCGCUGUAAAAGCAAGAUAUUGCAAUCAUUGUAAAAUAUACCUUAAUAGAAAUGAGAAAGGACACUAUUCAAGUAAUGACGCCAUCUUGUUGCAAAUAUAAUAUUUAUUAUCAGUCACAUAACAGAGUGGCUAUUACGAAGCAUGGCGGUAGAGAUCUCUUAUAAGUCAAUUGUACAAUGUUUGAAUAAAGUGUACAAAAUUAUA